AUGGCGUUCAAGAGCCCCAAGUACGGAAAUAGCACCGAGUGCCACUAUUGGGGUUACUCAUUUCAAUGGACUGACCUCCACUCAUCUGCUGAUGACCUGCGGCCGAUGAUGCGGACCUGUGAUUCACGGGCCGACCAGUGUGUGGAGCGCUUGAACAAGAUCCUCUUGGAUGAAGGCGCGGAUCAGCGGCCGUGCAAAAAGGAUCUUUAUGGGUCAUUGAGGGAUCAUGCCGAUAAAGAUCCAAAGCUGAAGGAGUUUUGGACUGAGGUGACCACAGUCCCAGAGUGGGUUGACUGGGCUCAGAUCCAACGAGGGCAAGACGUGUUCUUCCGAUAUGGCCUUCCUAUCCUCAAUGUCCUGAGCUUUCAGAGCUUACUGGGUGGGAUGGGAACAACCCGUGUUAUCGAAACUCUCUCGCGAACAGGGGGGUUUCGUGCGAAGGUAGUACGUCGACGACUACUAGAGACACUACAGUAUAUUCUCCAGGUCAACAGCUCAGCGGAAGACAUGAAGCCAGGCGGAGACGGUCACAUCUCAUGUGUUCGCGUCCGGCUACUUCAUUCAUCCGUCCGCGCGAAGAUCCUCAGUCUCAUCGAGCAGAACCCCGAGUACUACGACAUCGAGAGAUACGGAAUACCAGUCAAUGAUCUAGACUGUAUCUCCACGAUCAAUGUAUUCUGCAGCUCGGUGAUGUGGCUCGGUCUUCCACGACAGGGCAUCUAUCCCAGCCAGCAAGAGGUUACCGAUUAUAUCGCGCUGUGGAGACUGGUUGCACACUAUAUGGGCACGCCAACGGACCCUUUUGAAAGCACAGUCAAAGCCCGUGCCUUGAUGGAGUCAUUCCUAGUCUCCGAGAUUGCUCCUACUGAGACCGGCAAAAUCCUAGCAAAGAACAUUAUCAUUGGGCUGGAAAACACGGCUCCGAUAUAUGCAUCCAAAGAGUUCAUGGAAGCAAUGAGUCGCAUACUUAAUGGAGACCAGCUGGCGGAUGCGCUUGAGAUCCCUCGGUCUAAUCUAUACCACCGAAUGCUAAUCUGGGGAUAUAUUUUCUGGGUUAUGGCUAUCUCAUAUCUGGUUCCAAGGAUAUAUUUCUUGGACAGGAUCAUGAUUUCGUACCGCCGAAAGCAUUACUACAAGUUACUCCUGGAUGAGAGAAGGGGACUCGGGAGGGAAACACGUUUUGAAUUCAAAUAUCUGCCCACGCUCACUCGCACUACCCGCCUGGGCAAACGCAGAAGCACCAAAGUCGAGAGAGGGGGCAUUGAAAGCCUUGCGUAUCUUGGUUUUGUGACUGCUUUUACCGCGAUCGCCACUUUGGCGACGGGUCUCACCUCUGCGGUCAGGAUGAUUCCGCUGCAGUUUGAUAUGAUGCGA